AUGGUGGUGCUCUUGCUGGUGCUUUCUGCACCAAAGGCUUCUUCAUAUGGUAGGUUCCAGGACUUGUGCAUAGACUGUGGAGCAUACAGUGAAACCCCUGACACCGAUAAAAGCUACGUACUGUGGCAAACCGAUGAAAAGUUCAUUAAAACUGGAGACAACAAAUUCCUCUCCACCAGCCACACUCAAUUUCAGAUGAAUACCCUACGCUUCUUCCCCAAAGGCUGCAAGAACUGCUAUACAUUACCCAUCUAUGACGCAGAUGCCAGGUACCUUUUUCGAGCUGGUUUUUACUAUGGCAAUUACGAUGGCCUCUCAAAUCCACCAAGCUUUUAUUUAGAGAUAGAUGGGAACUUAUGGGCAAAUGUAACGACUUCCAUGAGCGAAGAGAUGAUCUACUAUGAACUGCUCUACGUAACAAAGAAGUCGCGAGUUAGGGUGUGCUUGAUUCGUACUAUGGACAGUGAUGUUCCCAUCAUUACAUCUCUUGAAGCUUAUUACAUUAUUGAUGCUUAUGAAUGGAUGGACAACACCACAGCUUUGUACCUUCAUAGCAGGAUCAACUACGGCGCAGAUACAAGUGUUGACCCUGAUAAACUUAAAGGUAACCAUUGGGCCAUUAGCCUAGCUAGUAUAACCUCCCCUUCCUCAAAGGAGAGGCAAAGUAUAGAUUCCAGUGCAGAAUGCUACAACCGGAUUUGGAAAUCCAAAGAAAUGUCAAAUUAUGUCAACAUCCAUGCCAACUACAUAUCUCAUUAUUACUUGUUGGGAGAAAACAGACCACCAUGGCCAGUAAUGGGAUAUGCUAUCCAAUCACAAAAUCUAACAGACUCUAUAUAUUUAUCCAUCGAUUUUUCCCCUAGAACAGCAGUACAAGCCUACUUUGUGCUCUAUUUCAUGGACCCAAUUUCUCGGUUGGCACAAAAUCAAACUAGCAGCGUUGAAAUCUACAUAGACAACAGCAAAAUGGCUGUUACAGAUAUCCCCAAUAUUAACAGUUUGUCGUAUAAUCAAUUCCAUGUGGUAUCGCUGUUUUCUGUGCCAGUCAAUGGUUCAUCCAAUGUGACUAUUUCUCCGGCAGAGGGCUCAACUUUGGCGCCGCUCCUAAAUGCCAUUGAAGUGUUUUCUGUAAUUGAUGUAUCUGAGGGUGGACAUUUGUUCAAAUGCUCAUCAGUAUUGUUUAUCAUUUCUUUUCAUUUCCUUCUUAUACUCGUGACAUAA